AUGGCGCGGUCCCUCGCGUCGGGCUCGGCGAGCCACGCGCUAGGCUGCUCGUUACGCACCCCGCGCACCCUAGCCGCCUCCACGGCCCGCCCUGACCCGUCGCGCCGGUGGCCGCCGCAGCCCGCGCACCCGCUCUUCGCGCUGCCCGGAUGGACCGUCCAGCCCCCCGCCGCGCGGAGACACCCCCCCCCUCCGUCUUCACUCCCCCCCUCGUAUGAACCGUGGGACCGCCCGUGGUAUGAGUGGCGGAAAGCGGCGCUGGCCGUGGAGCACGAGGGGUACCACGCGGGUCUGCAGCAGGUGCAGGAGGCCGUCCAGGAGGGCCGACGCCGCCUGGGCGUCGAGCUUGGGCACCAGCAGGGCGUGGCGACGACGGAGCCGCGCGAGCUGACCCCGGAGGAGCUCGAGUACGUGCGCGAGCACUACGGCAACCGCCACGUCAGCGCCGAGACCGUCGCGUCGCGCAUGCGGUUCGCGGACGCGGCGGCCGCCGCCGCCGCCGACGCCGCCCGCGCCGGCGGCGCCUCGCUCGCGGACCGCGCGGGCGAGCAGCGCUCCGCCGCGUGGCUCGCCAUCCGCAAGGGCCGCCUCACGGCCUCCAGCUUCACCAGCGCGCUCGGCAUGUUCCGCGAGGGCCGCCUGCAAGUCUGGGAGGAGAAACUCGACCUUCGGGAACCGUUCCGGGGCAACGACGCGACGCGCUGGGGCACCAACAUGGAGCCCGAGGCCCUCGCCGCGUACGAGCGCGCCACGGGCCUCGCCGUGCAGUCCGAGGCCUUUCGCGCCAUGGGCAGCGGGCCAGCGCACUCGUGGCUCGGGGCAUCUCCGGACGGCCUGGUCGACGGCUCGCGGCUCGGCGCCGGCGCGAGCGUGCCCCGGAGCAUGGUCCCCGCGGGCCCCGGGGUCCUCGAGAUCAAGUGCCCGUUCAACGGGGGGCGCCCGGAGAUGGCGCAACCGUGGAGGGUCGCUCCGUACUACUACAUGCCGCAGCUGCAGGGACUGAUGGAGGUGUUCGAUAGGGAGUGGGCGCACCUGUGGUGCUGGACGCGGAGCGGCGGCGCGUCGCUGUUCCUCGUGCGGCGCGACCGGCGGUACUGGGCGUAUUGUUGGACGGUGCUGGCGGACUUCUGGUGGUGGCACGUGGUGCCGGCGCGGAUGCGGCUGCAGGAGAUCCGCCGGGAGCAUGGCAUCGCGGACGGCGCGGCUGCGGCGGACGCCGUGCUGGAGCUUAGGCGGAGCGGCGACGCCGACGUCGAAGACGUGACGCGGCUGUUCGCCCCUGGGGACGCGCACCCGCUGUCGGGGUUCAUGCGGGACUACAGCAAGGCGCUCGCGGAGCAGGCGCCGAGGGCGGACGUGCAGCUCGCGCGUCGAUGA